AUGCGAAAGUCCGCGGUGGUCGUGGGCGCGGAGGUGGCCGCGGGAAAGGAGCUGGGCGCGUUUGCGGCUCCAGCAAGCCAGUGUGCCAUGAAAUCCGCAUCCCAGAAGCUGUACGACUACCUGAAGACAUCGCUGGACUUGGAGAAGUCCGACCUCAAGAGCGAGGAGGACUGCGCCCAGACCGCCAAGAAGUUCAGCCAGCAAUGCACGGUCACGCGGGUCGUGAUCCAGAAGCUGUCGGACGAGAUCAAAUCGGCGAAGGGGACCUUCCUGGAGAAGGAGUCGCCGAAGGCGAAGAAGAUCUUGAUUGAGCUCCGCAGCAAGUGCUUGCAGCAGCUCUCGGACAUCCAGCUGCAGUCUUUCAAGGUGCCCAAGUCGGUCGGCAUCAUCUUGCGCACGCAGGAGCAGUUCAAGCUCGCGAUCGGCUGCAGGCUUAUGCAGGGCACGUUGCCAACGCGUGGCAUUGUGUCGCAGCCAGAUCUGCUCGAGCUGGGCACCAUGGCCAGCAGGGCCAAGCGGCGGUUGCCCCCCGUGCAAGCGCCAAGCAGCGAUUCAGACGGCGCAGGGUCGAGUGAUCCUGACCCGAACGAUGAAUAUAUCGAGGCCCAGGUCGAGGGCCCGCAUUCCGAGUACCCCGUUUUGUCGAAGAGCAUAAAGGCCGCUCAGCAGAGGUGCCUCGCCCCCGUGAUUUUAGAACUCAUUCGCGAUGACUAUGACGACGGCACCGAUGAGCGCCAGUGGAGAACGAAUUGCCUGAAAAACCUCAACGAGUAUUAUCAGGUCAUCGAUGGUGCUGGGAUGUUUCUGACUACGGAAGAAUAUGCCCGCCUAGAGUCGGCUGUAGAAAAGACACUAGUCUUUUACGGUGCAUUGGCCUCAAAGGCCAUGGCCGAUUCAAAAUAUAAAUGGAGCACGGUCAACAAGCACCAUUUCUAUUUCCACCUGGGGGGCUUGGCCUCGCAGCCCCCGACAAUCCCGCUCAUCGGCGGCGAGCUGACCACGCCGGCGAAGCUGCACGCGGCCCUGGCGCCGGCCUGGCGCAGCCUCGUGGAGCAGCGCAACGCUGCCGGCCUGGUCGCGCCCAAGGCCCUGCAGGCGCUCUCCGCCGAGGCGCGCGGCGCCCGCGCCGCGGCGCCCGGCGAGGCGGAGGCGCGGGGCCCCGAGGCGGCGCACCUCCCGGCCGCGCUGGAGCCGGGCCUCCGGUACCCCGACGGCUCCACCCCGCUCCACUUCGCAGCGGCCUUCGGCCUCGAGGCCUCCGUCCGCAGCCUUGCGGGGGCCGGCGCGGACGUGUCCGCGGUGGCCGGCACGGGCCUGCAGCCGAUCCACGCCGCGGCCAUCAUGGGCCACGCCGCCGUCGCGCAGCUGCUGGUGGAGUCUGGCGCGGACGUGGACGCUCGCCACGGCUUCGCGGGCAACACCCCGCUGCACUUCGCCGCCGAGAUGGGCCACGCCGCGGUGGUCCGGCGCCUGUGCGAGCUCGGCGCCGACGCCGAGGCGGAGAAGACCCACGGCGGCGUCGCCCUCCAUGUCACGGCGGACACUAACAAUGCCCAGGUCGCCCGCACGCUGCUGGCGCACCCCUGCAACGCCAGGCCCGACCCCGUGCUCCUCGGCGACACGGUGCCGCUCUACCUGGCGGCCGGGCGCGGCUUCCCCGAGGUGAUCCGGGUGCUGCUCGAGGCGGGGGCGAACCCCGACCGGACGCUCUGGCCAGAGCGGCCCUGGGCGCCCACCGGCCGCGGCGGCAAGGGGCGGCGGAGGAGGAGGAAGGCCGUGGAGCCAGACGCGAGGCAGGCCCUGCAGGCGAGCGUGGACCCCGCGACCCUGAACGUGGGCAGCGACCCCCGGGCCCCCGGCUGGGAGGCCGGCAACGGCGCCACCGCGCUGCACAACGCCUGCGAGAACGGGCACCUGGCCGCCGCCAGCGCGCUCCUGGACGGCGGUGCCCGGCAGCUGGCGACGAUGGGGGGCAUCACGCCGCUGAUCAGCGCGCUGCAGUACCGGCACCCGCGCGUCGCGGCGGCGCUGCUGGACCACCCGACGCCAGCGAACGUGGGCGUCGUGUCGCCGGCCGACGGGCAGACCGCCCUUCACAUCGCCUCCGGGUACGGCUACCCCGAGGUCGUGGCCCGCAUCCUGCGUGAGGGCGGCAGCGCCGACGUGCCCGACCGGCGCGGCAGCCUCGCCGCGGACUACGCGAAGAGCGCGCUGAUCGCGCGGCUGCUGGACCGCUUCAGGGGCCGCGAGCCGCGGCUGGACAGGGCCGUGCGGGAGAGGGGCGGAGCCCAGGCCGAGGACCUGGCGGCGCGCCUGGAUGCGAGUCCAGGGCGUGCCAGAGGCCGCCCGGCAGCGGUACCUGGGCUUCGCGCGCCUCCACGACCAGGGCGUCCUCGCGGAAGAGGCGAUGCGGUUGGCGAAGGCGCUGAAGGGCGCGCAGGAGCUGGCGAGGCGACCCGGCGCGGGCAGGGAGGAGCGCGACCGGGCGCGGGCGCUGGCCGAUGAGUUCUGCGUGGCGCGCCUCGUCCUGGCCGGGGGCGACGCACCGACGGCGGUCGAGGUCAUGCUGAUGAAGAGCAGCGAGAGCAUGACGGCAGGCCUGCUGCUCCUGGGCGUCCACGUGGACGCGCUGGACUACGUGCCCGAGAGGCAGCUCACCAUCAACGGCCGCGACGCCCUCGCGGCCGUCGGCUCCCUGAUAGACGCUGCCAUGGGCAGCGCUGCCAGGGGCCACGCCGAGGACUUCGAGGAGGCCCUGGAGGAGGUGCGGGCGAUCGCCGACGGGCGCGCGCGGCGGGGCGGCGCGGGGCACGAGGGCAGGCCUCCCGUCGAGGACGAGGAGGGCUCGCUGGAGCUGUGAUCCAGCCGGCCUGCCGAUCGCCCCAAGGAGGCCGCGGGGUCUCUCGGCGCCGCGCUCGCCGCCGGGCGCGCGGGCGCGCCAUGCUUCGGAGAACGAGGGGGAGGAACGGCGCAGAGCAUCGCGAGGAAAACGAAGGGGCCGCCCCUCGCGGACCCCCGCGGGCGCCCGCCGCGAGAGAGCCGCGGGCGCCGGGGCCGGCGCCGCGCUUCUCGCCGCCGGGGCCGCCAG